AGGCGCACGGUGCUAGUUUUUCUGUCUGUACACACUGAACCGCCGCUUUAUUUCAAAUGAAGUGUCCUUUCAUUCCGUUAUUAAUUUUUUAUACGUGAUAUAACAGCUGUCAUCGCCAUGAGCUUGGAUGUAAUGUACCAAGUUUAUGGUCCACCUCAGCCUUAUUUUGCCGCAGCAUACACACCUUAUCACCAUCAGAAAUUGGCAUUUUACUCAAAGAUGCAAGAAACACAAGAAACAGUCUGUGGAAGCAGCUCAUCUUUUUCCAACCUGUCCGUGCCACCCAUAAAAGAGGAGGACUGCGCUCGGGAGAAAGACCACCCGCCAGAGGCAGAGUACAUCAGCUCCAGAUGCGUGGUUUUCACCUAUUUCCAGGGGGACAUCAGUUCUGUGGUGGAUGAACAUUUCAGCCGGGCUCUGAGUCAGACGAGUAGCUACGCACCUGGAUCCACCAACAGUAAGACUGCGAGAGGUACAUCAUCCUGGAGAGAAGGAGCAUUCCCUAUGAGCCAGAGAAGCUUUCCUCCUUCGUUCUGGAAUAGUGCGUAUCAGCCGUCUGUCACUGCAUCUCUCAGUUCCUCCCAGACGGAUCUCCCCUUCCAUGCAGACCCCUAUUCUACAGCUUCCCUACACAGCCACCUCCACCAGGCCACCCCAGAGCCCUGGCACCCCUCUCACCACCAUCACCCUUAUUCACUCAGUGGAGCUAUCAGCAGCCAGGGCUCCGCCUACUCCCGGCCUUCCAUGCACGAUAUGUAUGGAACGCACUUUGACCCCCGAUACGGCUCUCUGCUUGUCCCCUCGGUACGGCCGCAUAGACUGCCCCCCGCCACGGUACCCGCACCUGGAGCCUCACCGUGCGAUAUCAGUAAGAGCGAACCAGGCAGCUCAGCGUGGACAGGAGCUUUCACAGCGACGAGCUCUGAUAUGGGCCAGAGCCUCAGUCUGAACAUGGAUGCAGGUCUACAGAGCCAGGAUAAGAGCAAGGACUUGUACUGGUUUUAAUGCCCUGCGGCCACUUCUUCCUCUGCUGGCUUGUCUUUCUCUGCCUUGUAGACAAUCCCAGGCUUUUCUGUAACAGAUUCUCAUCUCACUUGCAGCUCGGCGCUACACCUUCUGCAGUGGGACCAUCCUAAACUGAACAUUAAGCCGCAGUGGAUAAUCUCAACCCAAACCCUUUCAAGAACCAUUCGGAAGACUCUUGAGAGAGAAACGACAGUAAAGAGAGAGAAGCAAUGAGACUAAACAAGGGCUUUCCAGAAAUAUAUGGUGGUGCGACUGGUAGCUGGUUUCAACAAGCCCUUGCCCCCCACCAUCAUCUGCGCUCUCAGCAAAAGGGACCCAACACAAGCUAAUAAGAAAGAAAUAUGUCUUUUGGGGGACACUUGAGGGCAGAAAUCUGGCAGACAUGUUAUAUGAAGUCUUUUCUUUCUUUCGACUAGAAAUGAGAGCUUCCGAUCAGAGAACAGCAUUCCCUAUCAUGACAGAAGACACAGAGAGGCUAUUUGAAGCAACUUGACUCUAUCUAUAUUUCUUUCAGCACCUGUCAUCGACAACUGUUGUGGAACUUAGCGGACACACACACAAUAGCAGUUUCACUGUGCACUGUUUGCCCGAACAAGCGCCCUGGAUUUCAUAAAAGAGGGAUUUUGUUGUAUCUGGACACACAGCAAAAGGGAACAACUGGUUUGGCUUUUCAUUUGUUGGGAGGUGUGGUGUUGCUGGGGAAGUGUUGGCUUGUGUUGCUGUUGGACAGGAAGUGGACAAACACAUUUAGCUGUAUAUAUUUUAUGUGUCUUAGUGUGUCCAGUGCUACAUAUCUAUUUGAAUCAGAAAUAUUGAUUCUUUUGUUUUAAGGAAAAAAAAGGGGAAAAUGAAUGUUCAUUUACGUGUUUAGUCACCAUCAGGUCAGGGUGACAUCUCAUCUCGAUGUAUUUGAAUGUAUUACAUGUGAUCUAAAGUAUUUUUCCAUGAAUCUGCAUUGAGGAAAAUUAGGUGUUAUUUGUUAUUAGCUGUUGACACUCUUCAUUCUAAUAAACAACAGAGCAGAUGAAACUAGAUUUGAAUUUUCUAAAGGAAAAAACAGUGCUUGCAAGGCAGACAGAGAAUAAUGUUUAAGUUUCAGGCUAAGUUUAAGCUUAGGUUUUAGGCUGCUCUAUUGACCGAGUUUAUAACUGAUAAACAGAAACUAUGCUAAAUGAUUGUUUUAUUUAUGGUUUUAUUAUGGCAUUGUGACAAGAAAUAAUUAGACUACAGCAAUAAAAACAUAACAGCAUUCUCCUAUAAAAAAAAAUUCGACUCCGGUUUUCGACUCAUCCUGUUCUAUAAAAAAGCAAAUAUCAAGGCAACAGUAAGACAGUUACACUGGAAGUGAAUGGGAGCAAAAGUUUGGAGGGUUUAAAGGUAGAAACAGAGUUUACGGCAUUACGUUGUCAUGGCUCACAAAGUAAUAUUAUCAAACUAAAAUCAUGUUAACAUGCAUAUUGUUUAUAUCUUGUGGCUAUACUUUUGAAACAGUGAGUAUUUUAACAUUUACUGAUUGGCCCCAUUCACUUUCAUUGCAAGUGCCUCACUGUUUUGCUUUUUUGCUUUUAAAAGAUUAGGAGGAAUUUUUUUUUGUGGUAAUCAACAUUAUGCCACAAAUGCUGUUAAUUGAGCUUAACUUGUAUUGAACCCAGAAUAUACCUUUAAGCAUUUCGACCUAAAUUGCAGAAGCUAAAUACAUACUUUAGAUAUUUAAUGGAAAAUCAAUACAAGGCUGACUUGCAAGCACUGUAAUAAAAUGGCAAUAUUCACAUUUUGACUCCUUGCAAAAGUUUACUUUCCAGACAAAGUAUUUUGCAAUUGACUACACACACUUAAGGAAAUGUACUUAUCUUUUUGUGUCUUGUAUUUUAUUAAUUAAACAAAAGAGAGUGAAUUAAGGACCCACUAUUGAUAAACUAGACUGCAACCUUCAAACCCUCAAAAGCAACACCAUCAUGAUUUCAAUUAUUUCAUUUCAACUUUUUACCCAUUUUUUCUGUGUUAGGGUGUUUUAUAAAUACUGCCAUUGCUACAGACAUUCAGUCAAGAGAGUCUGAAAUUCAAAAGGCCAGUGAAGUGCUUACUGUACAAUUAGACAUAUUAUGCAGUACAUGUAAAGAACGACAUUGACCUUCCGAAGAAUAAACCGCAGUAGCCGCUUACUGGUGUAUUAGAAACCCAUCUUUUGUACUGCCUCUCCAUGAUGUCUAUAUGUCGAUAUGUGCUUUUUUGCAACAUGAAAUCAGUAAAGAAAGAAUGUAAACACAGGCUAUUUUUUUAGUCCAUUCGUUGUUUUGUCUGAUGAACUGUAGAGUCGGCAAUGAAAAGUAAAUGGAAAGUGAGAAAAAAAGAGGGAGAUCUGGUUACGUUCACAGUGAA